UGCACCCUAAUGAGCGUUGGCUCAUUAAGACAUCGCUUGUGACAUCGAAAAUGGGUAUAAAUACCAUGACUUCACUUCAUCCACAUCAUUCUUCUCGUGUUGUUCGUCAUAUAUUGAGAUCAAAUUCUCUUCCUCUCGAAUUUUAACUAAAAUCAAUUUAAAAACACAAGAUGUCAAAGAAUAGAUUGAAUUUAACAUUGCCACCUGCUUCAGCGGAUACAUCGAAUCCACCGAAUGUUCCAACCCCACCCCUCAAAACACCAUCUCGUGCAAAUCGUGCGGAUUUGUUGAAUCAACCUAAAAACAGCAUUGACACAAUAACACAAACACUUCAACAGUUGGAUGUUGAAAAGCCUGCUUUAAACCGCAGUCAAAAAGAGCAAAUGGGUGAAAUUCUUGAUGAAGAUUUGGAAACACUUGCUGAACUAGGUUCCGGCAGUGGAGGUGUUGUGAUAAAAGUACGUCACAUUCCCACGCAAUCGACUAUGGCACGAAAAAAGAUUCAUUUAGAAUUGAAACCGCUAGUUAAAAAGCAAAUUAUUCGUGAAUUAAAGGUGCUGCAUGACUUCAAUUUUCCGCAUAUUGUUGGCUUUUACGGUGCUUUUCAAAACGAUGGUGAAAUUAGCAUUUGCAUGGAGUACAUGGAUGGCGGUUCAUUGGAUUUGAUUUUAAAGUGGGCUGGUCGUAUUCCUGAACCGAUUCUUGGAAAAAUCACGCUCGCUGUGCUCAAAGGAUUGAGCUAUUUACGCGAUAAACAUGCAAUCAUGCAUCGAGAUGUUAAACCAAGUAACAUAUUGGUAAAUAGCAACGGUGAUAUCAAAAUUUGCGAUUUUGGCGUCUCCGGACAAUUGACUGACUCCAUAGCAAAUUCGUUUGUUGGCUCACGAAGCUAUAUGUCGCCAGAGCGUAUUAAUGGUGGUCACUAUUCGGUGCAGUCUGAUAUAUGGUCAUUGGGUUUGUCACUUAUUGAAAUGGCAAUUGGUGUGUAUCCAAUACCUCCACCUGAUUCAAAAUUCAUAGAUCAAAUACUCAAUGAGAAUUCGAACCAAUCACCGAAGAUGCCUGAACCGAAGAUGAUGGCCAUUUUUGAUCAGCUUGAAUGUAUCAUUAACCAACCACCCCCACGACUCGAACACAAAACUUUUAGCGCCGAAUUCACAGAUUUUGUUGACAAAUGCUUGAAGAAAGAUCCGAAUGAGCGAGCCGACUUAAAAACACUUUUGGAACAUCCUUGGAUUGAAAAGUAUGAAAACGAAUAUGUUGACGUUGCUGGAUGGGUUUGCGGUACGAUGAAUUUACCGCCAUCAACUCCAAACUAG